CUGACGUCACCGUUAAAGCGAAAAGAACCGUUACUUGGUUGCUGAAACUACAACUGCACUGGAAGGAGGAUAUGGCUGAAUACCAGCGUACUCUUGAUUAAAUCGCCUGGGGGGCAAGUUUCCAGUCUAAUGUUAAUGGUGAUGCUCUAAAAGUGACCACAGAGGUACUUUUGAGUGGCGCUUCCCUGCCCGUUUGGAUCGGGAUGUUCUCCAAUUGUGGGGUAUCUGCUUGAAAAGUUGACACAUACAGUGUGGACUGCUCGCUCAGCUGUAGAACAAGGCUUGCCUAGGAGGAUAGGGGAUAACCUUUCAGAAGCUUCUGGAGUUUGCUCGCAUGAGUAGAAGAGCUUCUGGCAGCGCACUCACCAGAAAUAUACAGUUAGACAGUCUUAGCUUAGCUGGGCUUUAUAAUGAGCAACUUUUCUGGAUUUGAUAGUCCAACUGGGAGAAUGCGCCAUCAAUCUUUAAUGGAGCGUGUGCAUGUGCAUAGACUGUAGGGUAGCAACAGUAGGAUGAGCUGCCCCAGAGCCAUCGCAGUCUGCGGAGACUGACACACACCGCUACAAAUACGGCAGUCGAUGCUGUCUUCCAGAGGCUCUCCCUCUCCUUGGCUGAGAAACCAGCAGCAGCAGCAGUAUGUCCCGUGUCUCCUCCACCGCAAAGCGCUACGCUGGCCCCUCCUACACCAGCCACUACAGCUCCUACAGCUCCUCCCUAACCCCGGGCCUUAGCUCCUACAGCGAGCGGGACAGGCUGUCCUCCUACAAGUCCACCUCCUCCUCCUCUUCAUCCUCCUCCUCAGGUUACUUAUCCUCUAGCUAUCUGAGCAGCGCCACCGUCCGCAGCCGCAACUACAGCACCUCCUCGGACCCUGAGCGUGACCGGGGUCGAACCAUCCCUCGCACUGACAUCCUUGGCAGCAGCAGCAGCCGCCGGAGUGAGAGCCUCAGCAGAACCCCGGUCAAGAGCUAUGGAGGGUCAGGGCUAAGCGGAGGGUCAGCCUACACUGGUUAUAGCUCCUACGCUUCAUCCCCAGCCCAGUCCAGCUACCUCUCCUCUUCACCGGUGGCUUCCAGCAUCUCACUCAGUCGACGAAAAUCUGUAUCCCAGAGUGACCUGAGCAGGGACCUGGCCUCUCUGAGCCUCAAUGAUGCCUCCUCCUCCUCCUCAACCCCUUCUUCAUCCACCAGUGCCCUGCGGAGCUACCGCAGUCGGACCAGUGAUGUGGCUGACUCGUACGGCAGUAGCUCCCGACCCGGCUACUCAGGCCUGUCCCGAAGCACUACUCAGGAGACCCUGUCACGGAGCUCCACCCAGGAGGCCUUCAGCAGCAGCAGAGCAUUCAGCUCUUCAGCAUGGGAGCCAAGCAGUAACCAGCUGUCCCAUUCCCCAACGAGGGACUCUACGAAUUCAAAGAGCGCCCAAGGCCUGGUGGGACUGAAGAAUUUAGGAAACACUUGUUUCAUGAACAGUAUCCUGCAGUGUCUCAGCAACACACAAAGCCUGCGAGACUACUGCCUGCACAACUCCCACCGCAGAGACCUUAACAACAACAGCCGCACUAACACAGCCCUCAUGGAAGAAUUUGCCAAGCUGAUACAGACCAUGUGGACAUCAUCCAGCAGUGAGGCUGUCAGCCCGUCUGAAUUCAAAACACAGAUCCAGAGAUAUGCUCCCAGAUUUGUGGGAUACAACCAACAGGAUGCUCAGGAGUUCCUGCGCUUCCUCCUGGACGGCCUGCACAACGAGGUCAACAGGGUCACUGUGAGGCCGAGAGGCACUGUGGAGGACUUCGACCACCUGCCAGAUGAGGAGAAAGGCAAGAAGAUGUGGAGUAAAUACCUGGAGCGAGAGGACAGUAAGAUAGUAGACCUGUUUGUGGGGCAGCUGAAGAGCUCUUUGACCUGCAGCCACUGUGGUUUCUGCUCCACUGUCUUCGACCCCUUCUGGGAUCUCUCUCUGCCUAUCGCCAAGAAGGGCUAUGGUGAGGUGAGUCUGAUGGACUGCAUGCGACUCUUCACCAAAGAAGACGUCCUUGAUGGGGAUGAAAAGCCGACGUGCUACAGAUGUAAAGCCAGGAGGAGAUGCACUAAAAAGUUCACAAUACAGAAAUUCCCCAAGAUUUUAGUGCUGCACCUUAAGCGCUUCUCUGAGGCACGAAGAACCAGCAAACUGUCCACAUUUGUUAACUUCCCCAUGAAGGAUCUUGACCUGCGGGAGUUUGCCUCUGAAAACAGCAUAAAUGCAGUGUACAACCUGUACGCAGUGUCCAACCACUCAGGCACCACUAUGGGCGGCCACUACACAGCCUACUGUCGCAAUCCCAGCUCGGGAGAAUGGUACACGUUCAAUGACUCCAGAGUAACGCCAAUGUCCUCCAGCCAAGUGCGCAGCAGCGACGCCUACGUCUUGUUCUACGAGCUGGCUUGCUCCUCGCGGAUGUGAAGCGUCGUAGAGGAGGGCAGGCCACAGCACCACUCUGACUCACAGACAGACACUGGACGGAUGGACAUGCAACACAUGAGAGUGCUGUUGGAGCCUGGCCUGUUUGGAAAUUUUAAGUGGACAUACAUUACAUGGCUCACACAAACACACACACACACAUCACUCCGCAGAGAUUGCUGGAUGGGGGGACAGGCUGGAAACCACUGGCUUUUUUAAUUCUGCUCUCCGUUUGUACUCCCACAUGUUGCUGGUUGUGGGUGGAUGUGCGUUUACUCUGUGUAUGUGUGCGUGUGUGUGUGAGUUUGACAGAGGGCAAUAAUCCCAUCUGAUUGAACCAACCAGGUGACUCAGUCUCCAUCUCAGAAGCCCCUCUCUAUGCACUGCAAACUGAACUCUGGUCCUGACCACGCCUUUCCUUCUUCUUCGUCUUCUCUUUGUGAUCUUCUUGUUUGCCUCAAACCAUUAAAACUGAGACGACGCAGUUUAUUUAAUUUUUUUUCUUGCUUUCUUUCAUCACGUUUUUCUGCUUUGAAUUCAUGUUGGUGAGGGGGGGUUAUUGAUGGUUUUUGGGGCGGGGUGGGGGUUAGCAGAGGCCCCUAGCAUCGUUACCAUCCUGGACUGUGGAUGUACUGUGUUUAGAGCGUGACUGUAACUGGACUGGUCAUGGUUACGGGAAGCUUGCAGCCCAGCGGCCUGCUUGGUUUACCCUCCCACAACCCUGCAGCACUCCCAGGUCUCUGUUAGCAUCUCCUUCACUCUCCUGUUUUUCUUUUGUCCUCUAAAAGUGGUUGGGAGGGUCGGUGGCACUGUGAGUGUGAAAUGUUACAGAGAAGAAGUCUGCCUCUUACUCGUGUUUUAUUUCAUUUGUUUCUCCCACGUGUGGCUGCUACUGAUGUUUUAAAAGUGCUGUGAACGGAUGAGUGCACGGUCCGCUAAGGAUCGGCUACAGAUUAAUAAUACAGACGAUAAUGGUAAUAAUCAACAUUGUCAGUAUGGGGUCUUUUCUUCCUCUCUUGUUUCAUGCCAUUGAACAACAUGGAAAGAAUGUUUUAAAAACACUAUAUCUGUUUAUUUUUAUAUCCUGAUGCAAUAUAGAGAAUGUACUAUUCAAUGGUGCUGAAAAUGACCCGUAACUGUUUUCAGUUGGUUUAUUUACCAGGUUUCAAGAGAGAAAAAAAAGUCAUUAUUUAUGCUUACAGUUGAUAAUGUGAUGAGUCACACUUUUUAACGAUGGCAAUCAAACACAUGACUAUAUAUAUAUAUAUAUAUAUAUAUAUAUAUAUGUGUAUAUUCAUAUAUGUAUGAAUAAAAGUGAGCGCAACAGUGCUUUUA